GUUAGUAGUAGACCGUUGGACGUUGAUGUCUAACAGUUACAGUUCAGUUUAGUAAACAACCUCCAAACAGUUUGAUACUGUGGAGUGUGGAAGUGGUUGUGAUUAGGUUGUAGUGUAUAAUAUUAUUUAUUUAAGAGUUCUUACGUUACUUGUAAUUAAGUAUUUAUUUAGCAAAUAUAAGUGAUUGAUAUUAUGAUGAUUUCAAUUUAAAAGAGUUGGACGUUUGGAAAAUAGCAUUCUAAUUUUAUGCUGAUCGUUUGAAAGGAAAGAUGUUGAGCAAGAGUCAAAAACUUGUUCUUGGCAACUGUUCACCAGACCUAAGCGGAGAUGAAGACACAAAGUUGUCUAGUUACAGCUCAAACUCUGAAAAGACAUCACCUGCCUUAGAAGUUAAAGAAGACUAUGAACAAUGUGCUGUUGAUAAUGAAAGUAAGGAAUUAGAGAUCAGUGAUAUCCACCGGACAGAUGACCAUGUUGAUGAAAAAGACAAUGGUGUCGAUAGUGACUCGGAUGAUUCAAUUUUAUCAAGGUUGAACAAAGGUACCAUUCAGAGUUCCAAACGAAAGAAGAACCUUACCCUGUUUGAUUUGCACUUUAAAUGUGAAUGGAAGAACUGUACUUAUGAAACCGAAGACGAUUCCAAGUUUCACGUCCACGUUAGUUACCACAUACCAGACUUGGAGAUAAAGACUAUGAGCAAUGGAGAAGAAGUGUACGUGUGUCUGUGGGCGGAGUGCACCUAUCUAACUGGAGGGGUAAAUGAGAUUCAACGCCAUGUUACUUACCAUUCUUACCAUACAAAGUUGAAAAUCAUUGGCGAAAAAGUGCAACAACAGUGGAAUCUUCCGAAAUGCAGAUACGGUAAGGAGACAAGAAAUAUGAUACCAGAAAAGAUAGAUCCGAUGGUGUGCGAGUGGGAAGAUUGUCAUAAGGAAUUCAAUAACGUGCAAGUGUUCCUUUACCAUAUACAAACACACAUAAAUGAGACCUGUUAUGAUAUUUUCCCCAAGAAAAAGAAAAUAAAGUGUAAAUGGGAAGGGUGCACCAUGACGACGGACAUGCCUUCACGCGUACGCUUGUCUGACCAUGUUCGUACACACACCAAAGAGAGAGUGGUGGGUUGCCCAACCUGCGGCCACCUGUUCUCUACCAACACCAAGCUGAAUGACCAUUGUAUGCGUCAAGUAUCCAGUGACUUGGAGUGCCAAUGUAGUCACUGUUACAAAGAGUUCCCACAUUUGCGAUUACUCAAGGACCACAUGCGUGGACAUGUAAACUUCUACCAGUGCUGUUACUGUGAAAUGACCUGCACGUCGAGGCACACAUUCAGCGCCCACAUACGCUACAAACACCUUGACUCCAAACCCUUCAAGUGCUCUAUGUGCAGUUACGAGUGCAAAACAAAAUAUGAUCUCAAGAAGCACCUGGCUACGCACGAUCCGAAGACUAAGUUUGAAUGUGAAGAUCCGAGUUGUAACUACAGCUGUAAGACCAAGAGCACUCUUCAGAGGCACGUGAUGGAGGUGCACCAAGGGGCCAAAGCUCUCUACUGCUGCCAUAUAGCAGACUGCAACAGCAGGUACAAGCGAGGCUGCUACCUCACCAAACACCUCAUGACGAAGCACUGUCUGCGCUGGCCCUCUGGACACUCCCGCUUCAUAUACCACCGACAAGAAGAUGGCACCUACAGGCUACAGACCGUGCGCUACGAGAGCGUCAAGUUGUACGGUGAGAACAAGACUUCCGAUCUUUCUGUGUCAAAGAACAACUUCAAGCUCACUCCCUUGCAGGCGGAUGGUUCCAGAUCGUUCAAAGUGUCGAAGAUAGAGUCGGACACAAGCAGUGGCAUGUCACAAGUACUUAUCUCUAUAGAGGACGAGAGCGGGAACACCAUCAACAGCUGCACGGCCCCAGAAGUGGUCGGGGACAAAAUCCCGAAGAAUGCGAUGGUCAUUGCGAGCGCAGACAGUAUGGAUGUCGAGGAAGAGUCGUCGUAAACACAACACGCAUGAAGUGUGAAAACUGGACAAGUCUCAUAAAAAUGCAUAAAAUGGAACAAUACAUAGAAGUUUUAAUAAAUGUAUUGUAUAGUAUUGUUAACUAGUAUAUUUUUAUAUAGUGUGUAUGUUUUUUAAAAUACAAAGUGCUUGUAUACCUCAGUAUUGUUAAACAAAUUCAUGUGAUAUUUAUUCUGUAGCAAAGUAUUUGUUGAAACUAUUGUAAUGUGAUUUCGUUGACUACAUUUAUAUGUUCUGCUCA